AUGUUGAGUAAUGGUAGUCGUGACUGUACUUUUCUCCAUAAAUUCCUCUUCGACAACUUCAGUAGUGACUUUCGUCACAGAUUCAAGUUUGAGGAAUGUUGCUCGGCUAUGGUUCUCAUCUACAUUUUCAAUAAUGAUGAAUUGACCACUCUUCACUUCAAAGUUGUUCACAUACCAUUCGAAUUUGGACGAAGGAUCAGAGUCAACUUUAGAUUCGAGCUUAGACAAUGUUGGUUUUCUUGGAACAGCAUCAGGGCGGCCAGUCCUAAUUACCCGUUUGGCUGCUCUGCUUGCUCCAAUGAUUUGUCCACAACAACGUCUUCUUCUGUUGUGAUCAAGUACUGUUUCGAAAGACGUUGUAGAAUUGUUAGAAUGGUUAUCAUCUAUCAGUUCCCAAUCGCUCUCAGGAGCACUAGUGACUGUCACGGCUGA